AUGCCUUCUUCUCCCAUUCAGAAACUGGGCAAAGUAUGUUCAUCCUCCUCAUCAUCGGCUCGUUCUUCGGAAGCACAAAAUCAGGUAGUGAUUGAGGAGGAGGACGAGAACCAUCAUGAUCAAGAGGAAGAACGAAAUGAUAGACCAUCACAUCAUGAACCUCAUGAAUAUAUUAUUAUUAGUUCUCAAACGGAAGAGUAUGAAGAGGAAAUAGAGGUCGUAGAACCGGAAGUGAUGGUGAUGGACAGUAGUCAAUCAUCGGAACAACAUUGUCGUAAUCUUCAUGCUGUUUCUUCUCCAAAUUCAACAAUCCUCCCAAUAUCGGAAGAGAGUGAUAUGAAUCCAAAUAAUUUCAAUUUCGAAAACAACAUGUACCAUAUCUUAUAUUUUUGUAAUACACAUCAUUCAAAGAAAGUUGGAUCUGCAACAGAGGAUACAACAAUUAAUUCUCUUAAUCCACCUUUUAAAAAACUAAAUUUUAAGAUUUUGUUGGAUCAUUGCAUGAUACGGAAAAUGUACUGUUCCUCUUAUGUCCUUAUUGAAAAUUCAAAAGGCGACAUUUAUGAAUGUACACCAAUGACAAAUUCGGAUAUUGGAACUGAAUUUUCACAAAAAUUGAAAAAGAUUACUUUUCCAUUCUUACCAAGUGUAACAUCUGAGGGAAGAGGAGUUUUGCGAUAUUACAUCUCAGAGAAUAAUGAAAUUUGGAGCUUCAAUGGCUCCUCAAAAUUCAACAAAGAACCCAUCGAAAAGAUGCCAAAAAUUGAGCGAAUUUUUGUAGGUUAUGGACAUUCAGCUUUAUUAUCAGAGAAAGGUAUCUUUUUAAAAUCAGCAAACUCACCACAAUUUGCAUUUUUUGACAUUGGACUACUUGGAGAAAAUGAAUUGAUUGAGGAUAUUCAAUUUGGUCUUCAGCAUUUUGUUAUUUAUAAAUCAACUCUGGGAAAUACGAAUCGAGGAAAACUAGUUCUAUGUGGAAACAAUGAGUUAGGUCAACUUGGUAUAGAGCCGCGAUAUAUAAAGACAGACAAGCCAGUCGUCAUCGAUUGGAACAAGGGUAGAGUGAAAAAAAUUGAUUGUUUGAACUGUACUUGCGUUUUGACAGAGUCAGGAGAGUUGUUUGUAACAGGUGAAAACGCUCACGGAGAACUUUCUGUUGGUGAUACUAUCAAUCGUUUUGGAUUUGUGAAAGCGAAUACUCCUUCACCGCUCAUUGAUUUUACUUGUGGCAAACACAUUAUGGUUGCCUUGUCUACUUUACAUGAGCUCUUUGUUUGUGGAGACAACAAAUGGAUGAAAUUGAGCAUUCAUGGAACAGGAUGCCCAGAGAAAAUUACGGAAUUUGUCAAGAUCAAUUUACCUCGAGGAUUCAUUAUGAAUAACAUAUCAUGCAAAGAUGAUUGUAUCAUGUUGUACAGUUCAUCUUAUCACUAUGAAAACAGUGUUUUACAGAAAAAGAAACCUAUUUUACGCCAAUUUCCACAUGAUCAUGUAAGCUCAUUGGGUUACUCUAUUUUUUUACCUGCCCUCGAAAAAAUUGCACCAAAACUGUUUCGCCUAAUUUCAGGUUCUUCAUUUGUAUCCUUAUCAAGCAUGUCAGCCAAUGAAAAGAGAGUUCUGGUACUUGUGAUUCACUCAGUGCUUUAUGAUAGGCAAGAUGAUUUGUACUUUGUUGAGAGUAUGAAUGAUCUUGUCACUGCAUUGUAUAUUCUAAGUUUGAUCCAGGACGAGUUACAAGAUAUAGUCUAUUUUCUCAUCUGUUCGAUUCAAAAGAGAAUUUCCGCUUGGAAUAUUUUGUCAUUACUCGAUUCAAUAUGUAUAUAUUUGGAAAAGCUGAGACAUUUCUUACAACUCCCUCAAGCAAGUAAUUUUAUUCAACAAAAAUACCUCAAAGAUUUACGAGAAUAUUGUCUUGAUUGUAUCAAGUGCAAUGAAGACAAUGAAAAUUUUGAUAAGACCAAGUUACAAAAGUAUCUCCCCAAUCUUUGGCAACGCAAGACAAAAAACAAAAUUCAUGUGAUGCCACCAAUCAAAUGCAUGUCCUUGAGGGAUGCUCUAGUUUCACUAUUUUAUAAUCCAAUUCAAGCCGAUGUUGAGGUCUUUUUGACACUUUCAAGAACACUCAAACUACACAAAACGGUCAUGUUUUCAGGAAUGACCAAAUUGCAGAAAAUACUUGAGAGUUCUGAUCCCAGUAUCAUGGAGGCAAGUUGUACGGAGAGUGCCAUGCCUAAUUUGUUCUUUUUCUUAAUCUUUGAACCUCUCAAGAAGAGUCUAGACUCUUCCAACACCGAAGAGAACGAAUUUGGAAUUUUGUGCGAAAUAAUUUUAAAAUACUGUUAUGGAAUUUUUGAGAGACAGAACAUUAAGGACCACAUGGUUAUUCCAUUACUGUCCAUGGUCAAUUAUUUAGGGAUGGAAUUAUUGAUUCGUGAGCUGUGCGACAUUUUUGCAUUGACCAUGACUGUGGAGAAUUUUCUCCAACGUGCUCUGUGGUUCACGAAAGAAAUGCAUGGUAGGAGUGGCGAGUCCAAUACGGUUACCGCCACACAACUAGGGGAAGUAAUCAUUAAUUUUGGAUCCGAGCAUGCAAAACAAAUACUGAACGAAUAUCGAGAGGAAGAUUGGGAAGAGGUGUCAGCAGUGUUAUUGGUCAAAAUGUUCAAACGUAGCAAAAAGUAA